AAGCUUAAAAACAAGCCCAGUUCCCUCAACCUUUCCUCGUAGGAGAGGAGCUCCAGCCCUCUGAUCAUCUUACUGGUCCUUCCUCCGAACACGCUCCAAGAGCUCCACAUCGUUCCUGUACCGGGGGCCCCAUGCCUGGACGCAGUGCUCCAGAUGGGGCCUCACAAGAGCCAAGUAGAGGGGGACGAUCACUUCCCUCUCCAUGCUGGCCACCCUUUUUUUAAUGCAGCCUGGAACACAGUUGGCCUUCUGGGCUGCAAGAGCACACCAUGAUGGCUUACAUAGGCAUGCUGAUUGGCACAGCGGUGGGACAGUAUGCGAAUAACAUCACCCUGUGGAUCUUCACAGUCACUGCAGACAUGUUCCUCUAUGUGGCGUUGGUCGAUAUGCUUCCGGAAAUGCUUCACGGAGACGGAGAUAACGAAGAGCACGGUUAUUGUCUGGUAGGGCAGUUCAUUCUGCAGAAUCUAGGUCUGCUUCUUGGAUUUGCCAUCAUGCUGGUGAUUGCCGUCUACGAAGAUAACAUUGUGCUUAACAUCCAGCUUUGACCAUAUCCCGGGUUUUGCUGUGGAUACGCUGUUAUUACUGUACGGCUUCGAGUCUGCACUGUUUCACUGUAUGCACAUAGCUUAGAGGAAAAGCAGCGGCUUGCACUACUUACGCAAGUACAACCCAUUCAUU